GUGCCGCUCGAAAGUCGAAAAGAUUGUCACAGAUGCCUAAGGGAGUUGGACCGAAUUCAAGAAGGGAAUGCAGCGGAAGUACAAGUUGGGAGAUGGGUUGCUAACAGUCGACCACCUCCAUAACUUGGAUAGAAAUGAUUUUAUUACGAUAAGAGCAUUUGCAACGGCCUUUGAAAAGAUGGCGGAGAGAGUCCCGAGACUUUCUGAGGAAAUGCAGUGUAUCAUUUUCUCGGGGAAGUUCUUAGGGUAUGAGGCGAUGGUACUGACUCGAGGAGGCGCGCCAGGAAGAAAGACGUCAUGGGAGAUGAUAAAAAGAAAUUUAGCAUCCGGAGACUUGGAUGAAGUGUUCCACCAUCAGGUAAAAAUGGACAGGAAGAAAAGGAAGGAGGUGAGUGCGAUUCAGGGAGCGGACUUAGCUUUAGGAGGGGUUUUGAGCAGUGUAGUGUUUCAACUCAAGGAGAUGAAGGAACAAAUGGCGCCAGGGAAAGUGAUGGCAGUUGGUCAAGUAACAAACAAAAGAAGAAUCAGUUCCAGGGACAAGGACACGAACAAGGAUAAGGUAAAGGUAGAAGCGGAGGAAGAGGAAAUAGUCAAGGAGGAAGAGGGUUCGGAGGAAGAGGACACGGCGGACAAGGAGGGAACUGAGGCAGUCAAGAAGACCCUCAGUCAGGGAACUAUAAUCAGUUGGAGCAUAUUCAAGGGAAUAAGAAAAGGGCAGAUGGUGCGCAAUGUGACAACCGCUAUGCUGAGGGUGUACGGGGACAAGAGAUUGUGGCCGACACGGGUGUGGAAACACGUCGUGCUACGGGUGUUUCUGGACAAGGGUUUUCCCAACUGCCAUGGCACAGUUGACUGCACACACAUCUACGUGGACAAACCGGCGAACGAGCGAAGCGAGAACUUCUUCGACCGCAAGCAUCGUUUCUCCACCAUUGCGCAGGAGGUGGUGGACCUGGAUCUAAGCGUGCUUAACGUGUUCGUUGGAUAUCCGGAGAACUGCCACGACAUUAGGGUGAUCCAACUGUCACGUCUGUCCAGGCGUGCGGAAGAGGGAAUGUUGUUUCAUGGGCCGCCUGUCACGCUGCCGGGAGGGGUGAGGACGAACGGAUACUUCUUGGGCGACAACGGGUAUCCUCCUUCUGAAUGGGUGGUGGUUCCAUAUGGAGGAAUCAAUAAGCACAUAGACGAGGAAAGCUUUGACAGGAAGCAGAAGGUCGCAAGAGGGGCUGUGGAGAGGGCGUUCAGGAGGUUGAAGGGGAUGUGGAGGCUCUUCCUGCGGACGCACAAGAUGAUCCUCGACACUCUACCGCAACAGUUCACGGUCGUCUGCAUUCUCCACAACAUCCUGCUCGACACUGGUAUCGAGUUCGACGAGAAUCUGUUGUGGGAGGUCGAAGAGAACGGGGUGAGGCGCCGACUGGACCUGGGGAUUCAUCAUCCCCCGCCUGUUUGUAGAAACGGAUCAAAAGUUUCUCUCCCGUCAAGUGAGAGGGAGAUUUCAAGGCUGAAAGAACGCAAUGAGUCACCCCUUGCGACUCCUGCCCCGCGGAACCGUGUGAGCGGUGUCGAGAACCGUCCACCCAAGGCCCCCGAGAAGAGGUCGCGGGAAGACGGAAUGUCAAAGGUGCACCGCAGGACAAAGAAGAGAAUCACGUACAAAAAGGACAGAAUGGUGGAGAUGAUCGAUCUGAGAAUCUCAGACAAUAUGCAGAGCGCGUCCCGAGAGGAAGCAGAAGAGGAACACGACCAAUCCAUAUCAGAAAAGUCUGACGGGGAGAAGAACGAGGCAACAAGUGACGAGGGAGGUGACAGUGAAACUUCCGACGAACAUUCUCGCGACACUCACGACGCUGAUGACGAGGACGGCAGGAGCAGCGACGGCAUAGCGCAGGACAAGGGCGGUGACGGGGCAGGCGAAGACGACAGAACUGUGGACGGAAGAGAGAGUUCCCCGUCUCCUAGAAGAACGCGACGCACGAGGGAACCCGAAAGUGGUGGCGAGGGAGACGCAGCCGACUCGCCCUCGAUUGACAGACAAAUAGUGAGGCACGACAACGCAGUUCAAAAAGAUGGCACGAACUCGCAAAGAAAAGUGUGCGGGACCAGGGGAGGACAGCAACAAGCAAAGCAAGAAAGCGGCGUAUUCUCAAAGAAAAUGAAGGACAGACUGUUUCGGUCGGUCGCGAAAGCCUUUGCGUUCUCAGCAGCAAAGGACGCAACUCUGUAUCCAAUAGAGGAUGAAUUUUUCAUGGCGCUGCAAACAAUGGCGAAACUGAUAGGGGAGAACGCGGAGGAAGAACUGCGAUCACACGUAGCGGAGUGCGGGAUUCAAGCAGUCAUUAGGGAGUGCAACAAAAUGAUGACAACCGUGCGUGGAGAGAUGACAUGGCAACUGAAACAUUGGUUCUGGGAUGAAAAAGGAAUCCCGCUUGUACGAUCGCAGCAAACAGAUCACCAGGUCCCUACUCGCAACAAGAUGCGAGCAGAUAUGAAGGAGAACAAAACGUGGAGACGGAGCGGCGAUGAUCCUUGGGGCACCCCAACCUUCAAGACGACACUCACUAAGGUUUUCCAGAUGAGGAGGGACGGCGUAAACCUUGGCGUCACCCUGCAGCAACUGGCUUUUGCAGAAAUGGUUCUGCAAUGUGAAAUUGAGCAGACAACAAAGACCAGCAGAGCGGCGGAGCAGAUAGGAAAAUUGGUCUCUAUAAAGCAGGACAUCGCAUCAUCUGUCCACAGCCGCGAUACAGUCAUGAGUUUUUCAAUCUUCAAGCUGGACCAUGCCGUAUCUGUUGCUGAGAAGGCUGCUGCGCUAUUUCGAGCUGGCGUGCCCUCUGUCCACAGGACUCGGCCACAUAACACAACAAUAACGAAUGACGAUUUCGACCUGGAAUUCAUUGCACCGCUGCAUGAGAGAAGCAGAGACGGGGAGUGGGAUACAGAAAGUCUAUGCGCCAGACCUUGAACCGGGGGGGUGCGGGGGGGGGAGAGGUGGUGAACACAAUAGUGUGAAUCAGAAGGUUCAUUACGGCAUCAGUGAAUCAAAAGGUUCAUUACAC